AUGACACUGAAGGAGAUUACGCUACAUGAGACUGUAUGUAGAAUACGAAAUACAGCAUUAAUCGUUGAUUUGUCGUACCUGCACAAAAAUAUAAAAAAUUACUUCGCAGCAAUUACAAAUAUGAUACUGCAGACGGUACAUUUGAUACGUAUAGACAAAAAUGAAAAUAUUUUGCUACACGACAUCGCAUCUACUUCCAAGGCUAAUUCUACAGAGGACACGAGCCCGAAUAAGCGUCAUAAAAAAUCAUUUCCUAUGAUUUCUGCAGCAGACGCACUGCUCAAGAUGAGGGAAAUAAUAAGUAAAAAUAAAAACGAAAUUAUUUUUGAAACAGUGCAGCUAAAUGAUGCAUAUAAUAGAAUAUUGUGCGAGAAUGUGGAAUCCGCUUAUAAUCUACCACCAUUUAAUGCUUCCACUAAACACGGAUACGCAGUAAUGGUAAGCGAUGGAAAAAAUUUAAGGAAACUGCUACAUGACGACGACGAAAAUAUGUUGUCUCCGAUAUCGCUUCAACCUGAGACAUGCGUGUGGGUGAAUACCGGAGAUCCUAUUCCUGAUGAAGCAACAGCAGUUGUACAAGCGAAGGAUGUAAAACUAAUAGAAAACUUCGAAGACUGUGAUGAUAUGUAUAUUGAGAUAUUGGUUCAACCACAGUACUACGAAAAUAUUAAACCUAUUGGUUAUGAUUUAAUGAAAGGAAAAACUGUCGCAACUCCAUAUACGCGUAUUGGCCCAUCGGAGAUUGGACUUUUAGCAGCUUCGGGUCGUAAAGAAGUCUUAGUCGCUAAAAAUACACCUAUAGGUAUAUUAUCUAUCGGAAAUAACUUAGAAGAACCUGGAGAAAUUUUGUUACCAGGAUUUGUCUACGAUAUUAACCGAAUUACUCUAAUUGCAUUACUUAAAGAGAAAGGUUUCAAUUAUUUGGAUUUCGGAAUCGUGAAUAAUAUGAUAGCAUCUAUAAAAAAUAAAAUCGACGAAGCUUUAAAGAAAGUAGAUAUACUUGUAACAACAGGCUCAACUAAUAACAGAGAUUUAAUGAAAAUUAUUUUGGAAGAAUAUUACGAAGCGGACAUACAUUUCGGAAACAUAAAUAUCAAACCAGGAAAGUCAACGAUAUUUGCAACGUGCGAAAUUAAUAACACAAAGAAGUAUUUCUGGUGUCUACCAGGAAAUCCAGUAUCCGCUCACAUUACCGCGCAAGUAUUUCUUUCGUCCUUUUUGAACGAGAUGUUCUUCAACUUCUACUCGGAAUAUGCUGUAGUACCAGCUCGCAUAGAAUGUGAAUACAUCUUGCAUAGCCGCCCUAGAAUGGCUUGGGCAAUUUUAGGAUGGGAUACGAAUGCAAACUGUGCAUUAGUUUAUACCAAGCAAAAUGCCAUUACUGAUAAGCUGGUUAGUGCUAUAGGAACCAACGCAGUCUUGAUGCUACCAAAAAAAGAAGACGGAACAGCCGCGAAUAUGUCCAACAAUGGUGGCUCUUACAGUGUCGAAAGGCCGCCCACUCCAGAUGCGGAUCUCUUUGAUACCAUGGAAAUUCCUUCCUUCAUGAGUGGAUUAUUUCAUCCCGAAUACAAAAAGUAA